AUGAAGCUUCAACUCGCCCUGCUCAGUCUCGUCGCGGCCGCCGUCACAGCGGAGGACGUACAAACAGCGCAUCUCAAGUUCCGCGCCGCCUCCUCUUCCGAGACGUACGACCUCGCCGUAAAAGCCGAUGGCAGCUCCGUCGACACCGACCACGCCGACCUCUCCAUCCACCUCAUCGACGCCCCCGACUACCUCGCCUCCUCGCUCUGCCACUUCACCACCCCCCAGCCCGUCGAGCUAUCGACGACCAUCGCCGACGACAACGUCACGCAGCAGGUGGUGCUGGACCCGCCGCAGCCGGUGCUGAGCGUCCGCUGCGAGGGAAUGUGCGUCGGCACGUACGGCGCUUGCUACGACAACAACGGCCAGCCCGUCGGGCCGUGCUGCAACGGGCUCUGCGCCGCGAACCGCUGCCGCCCGUGGAACAUUGGCCAGCACUGA